ACAUGUUUACACAUCUGCUGUUUACUUUUUGCAGCUGUUAUUAAAACGAAUGUCGUUUCUUGGUUGGUCGUGCGUGUAUGUGUUUAGAUUUUGGUUAUCCGUUUUAUUUCCAGUACGCACUUUAUGUUUGCCUAUCGAAGAAAUCAGUGCAUUUUCCGUUCUAGCCGCAUUUAGUCUAGCUCAUACGAUUCAUACAGAAACGCACGAUGGAGCUUCCAGCUUUGUCCGUCGAAGCCAAACGAUUGUUAGUGUUAAAAACGCUCAUACGCGACCCGGCUGCGGCUGAUUUGCGGUUAUCGCUAUUCGUAUCGGCUGCCAAAUCGUUUCGGUACGAUUCCUGCCUACAGCCAUUUCCGCCAGAUUUCAUUAUAAACAAUGAGAAAAGCAUCGAUCAGCUGUGUCAAGUAUUGGAGACUAUACCGCCGGUAGCGGAUCUUCCGGCUGAAUUGAACUCGCUCGACGAACAAACGGUUGGACUGUUGCAUUGGAUUCUCUGUCGACAGGCCCGUCCUGCGCUUCAAACCGUUGCGAAGCCCCAACACGAUGAAGUCCUCGGCAAAUGUCCCUGCUACGCCAAAUACGCAAUGCCCAGCCACAUUUUCGAAGUUUCGUACCGGGACAAUCAUUCGAGCGAACGGGCAUUUCAGGAUCAUGCGACAGAAUUUAGAACGCGGCAUGCUUUCCAUGGCAGCAGACUAUUCAACUUCCACUCCAUACUGCAUUACGGUCUGCAGCAGCAUCUCAACAAAGUGUCCCUGUUCGGCGAGGGCAUCUACCUGUCGGCAGAGCUGCAAGUGAGCCAAAUGUUUUCCCCAAACGGGUCCGGCUGGAGCAAAUCCUCCCUCGGCACGCAUCUGGCCUGCAUUGCGCUCUGUGAAUACGUCGACAAUCCGAACUAUGUGAAAAGUCAAGAAGAAACACCAACACCGACUGACGAUGGAAGGACACCAACGGCCGCCACCUCCGACGGUCCUUCCGUCAUGGCUGCUUCCUUGACCGGUAACGGAAGCAUACCGGAACGAUACAUUCUAGUGAAAAACAACGAACUGGUGCAGGUGCGCUAUUUGCUACUCUACGGAACCACCAAAGAUGUGAACGCCACUGCCACACUAGGCGGACCACAGUCGGCUGCUGACGCGCUGUAUGCCCUACCGGUCACACAAGCCUCAUACCAGAUGCGCCAUCCACCGAGCCGGUUCAUCCAGUGGAUUGCCAACAACAAAGGCUUCGUGCUGAUCGGAGGCUACGUCGGGCUGCUGCUGAUUGUCGGUUUUAUCAACAGUCGAAAUGCGCACUUCGUAAAGGAAAUGUUUCUACAGAAGCUAAGCCAUGUCUACAACGCGGUGCUAGGCUACUGCGGCAAAAACUAGCAACAAAACAAACGCCCUGAGGUACUGAGAUGACUGUUUAAUGCUGCCCAGUGUUUGCCUUCAACAAGGAAGAACCUCCAAGACCGGAUCCCCACUGUGUGUGUGUGCGCGCGCUUGAGAAUGAAUGCAUCCGGUUGAGAGUGCGUUCUCUUCUUGUUUCCUAUCUGUGUUAGUUUCUUUAGUUUCGUAUCUAUGGGACAGUGUAUUCAAGCGGGAAAGAUUUAAGGGGUAAAUUACAGGUGAUACAAAUAUUAGAUUUCCAACCGCGUGAAGCAAAAGUUUGGAAGUUUCGAGGUAGAAGGGAAGCUCAUUUUUUAAAUGAUAAUAAAUUACUACACACCACAAUACACUCUGUGUUCAGUGGUUGGAAAGCGAAA